UGGGGCUACAGCUGCCUGGAUGGGCCCGUGACGUGGUCUGGCGUGUGCUCCACCGUGGGCCAGCAGUCGCCUAUCAACCUCAACUACGACGCCCGCUUCCCGCCCGCCGCCGACCGCACGCUGAGCGUGCUGGCUCCCCGCUUCCCGCGCUUCAUCAAGGAGGGCGCCACCGUGCGCAACACCGGCCACGGCACCAUGCAGGUCAACGUGCCCGAGGGCAUCGAGUAUGAGCUGGGCCCCGGCGGCCAGAAGCACCGCCUGCUGCAGUUCCACUUCCACACCCCCAGCGAGCACACCGUGGACGGCGCCAACCUGGCCAUGGAGGCCCACCUGGUGCACAAGAACCUGGAGACGGGCAACCUGGCGGUGCUGGGCGUGUUCAUCGAGGGGGGCGGCGACAUCCUGCCCAACCCGGUGAUCGGCGAGGCACUGCGCUCCGCGCCGCUGGCGCCCAACGCCGAGACGCGCCUGCAGCGGCCCAUCAACCUGCAGACGCUGCUGCCCAAGGUCCGCACCGCAGACGGCAUGCGCCCCUACGCCCACUACAGCGGCAGCCUGACCACGCCCCCCUGCAGCACAGGCGUGGACUGGUAUGUGUUCCUGGACCCGCUGCAGGUCAACCCGGACCAGGUGGUGGACUUCAUGUUCUUUGCGGGGGCGGGCCGCAAGCCGGGCGUCAACGCGCGCCCGCCGCAGCCGCUGGGCGAGCGCGGCGUCACCUUC